AGAGGAGGUUGGUGUCCUUGAAGGUUUAACGCUCGUAAUCAAGUCUACCAUUCUGCUUGCUUUGGUCUUAUAUCCAAGCUUUCACUUGACGAGGUUUCUUGGGACGGACCUUUCUCUGAGAAACAACUGUAUUCAAUGGAGGAGCAGGACAAAAAUGACAAUUCUGCUUCUUUUUCAUGGUGGUCUGAUAGCCAUAAGCGUCUUCAACAAUCCCAAUGGCUUCAAGCUACCCUCUCAGAUUUGGAUAACAAGACUAAAACGAUCCUAAAUAUUAUACAAGACGAUGGGGAUUCAUUUGCAAAGAGAGCUGAGAUGUUUUAUCAGAGAAGACCGGAGCUUAUAAACCUGGUGCACGACUUGCACAAAUCCUACCGUUAUUUAGCAGAAAAGUACGAUCAACUUAGAUCGGAAUGCGUUUAUGUUUCCCAUUUGAGAUCAAUAUCAUCCUCUUCGUCAUUAAACUCCUCCAAACAAGUUCAACUCUUCCAGGCAUGUAACGAAGAUAAUGUUGGAAGCACCAAAUCGGAAGCACCAACUUCCCUUCCUGACUCGGUUGCAGAAGAAAAAUAUAGCAUUAGACGGGAAAAUGAGUCCAUGUCAAGUGAGAAAUACAAGAUCCUGAAGACCGAUCGUGAUGAUGACAGGGACGUUAAUGGAAGUGGGCUGGAAAAGAUCAUUAAUGGUAUUGGAUUGAAUGGAAACAAUGAUGGCCGUGAUUUCCGAAUGAAAAGCCUCGAAAAGGAGAAACUGCGGAAUGAAUUAAGGCUACAGGUCUCAGGACUUAUAGAUGAUAGUUUACAGCAGCAGAGUGAGCUAAUAAAGAGAAAUGACGAGAAGAGAGAAGUGAUCAAGCAUCUUCGUGCCCAAAUCAGCAGGCUAAUGGAAGAGAACAGGGUCCUGAAGAGUUAUCUACCAAGCUACAAGGUGGAUAUGAAGCGGAACACCAAAUCUCGUGUAUCAAAGCUGAAGGGGCUAAAUUGCAUUGGCAAUUUUGAGGGCUAAUUGGCAUUUCGCACGAGUUACAGUUGAUAACCUAAUAAUGCAAUAAAAAAUCAGUUAAAAAUGCCACCAUUUCCUUAA